AUGUCGCAGCGCAUCCACCUCAACCCCAACCGCGGCCAGCAGCAGCCCAUGAACAUGGGCUAUGCGCCCAACAACACAUACAUGCCCGACCCCAUCGGCGUCAACACUGGCGGCGCGCGUCAAGGAGCCCGUCCCGACAACGAGAUUCUCGCGCAGAUCCAGGACGUGUCGUCCAAGAUCGAGGACGCCAUUGAGAUUUACACCCAGCCCAUCAGGCCAUACGUCCCCGCGCUCGCGCGUUUUCUCAUUGUUGUUACUUUCCUGGAGGACUCGCUCCGUAUCCUGAGCCAGUGGUCCGACCAGCUGUGGUACAUCCAGACCCACCGCCAUGUCCCCAGGGGCCUCAGCCACAUUUUCCUCCUCGUCAACAUUGUUGCCAUGCUCGCGGGCUCGUUCGGUGUCAUCACCAAGCGCCACGUUGAGAUCUCCGUCGGCGCGCUCCUCGGCGUGGUUCUCCUCCAGGGCGUCGGCUACGGUCUGCUGUUUGACCUCUCCUUCUUCCUCCGCAACCUCUCGGUUAUUGGCGGUCUCCUGAUGGUCCUCUCGGACGGCCUUGCCACCAAGAAGAAGCUCUUCGCUGGCCUGCCGUCGAUCAGCGAGAACGACCGCCGCAAGUACUUCCAGCUCGCCGGCCGUAUCCUCCUCAUCUUCCUGUUUAUCGGAUUCGUCUUCCAGGGCCAGUGGUCCAUUGCCCGUGUGACCGUCUCGAUCGUGGGCCUCGUCGCUUGCGUCAUGGUCGCCGUGGGAUUCAAGGCCAAGUGGUCCGCCUCGUUCCUCGUCACCCUCCUUUCCGUCUUCAACGUGUUCAUCAACAACUGGUGGAGCGUCCACGAGGCCCACCCCCAGCGCGAUUUCCUCAAGUACGACUUUUUCCAGACCCUGUCUGCUUAUAUCCCUCUUUCUGCCAAAGCUGACCCUUCAGCCAUUGUCGGCGGUCUCCUCCUCCUCGUCAACAUGGGCCCUGGCGGCAUCUCCGUUGACGAGAAGAAGAAGGUCUACUAA